CUCGCCGCCGGAAAGUUUCGGCGGAAACGCGCUCGGCGUGGAAAUCGCAUUUCCGAAAACGAAUUUUCUCGCGCGCGCCACGCCAUCAGUGGGAGGUGGAGAGAAGAACGGAGCAAAGGGAGAGAGAGAGAAACGGAGCGCGCGAACCUAACCUAUGUAAACAGUGCCGUCAUGUCACGUUGUCGUGAAAACUAACCUGGAUCUACCUGCGCCGCUGCAGAUCUACACCUCGGAUCCGUCGUAGACCCGCGCCUCCGGAUAGAUCCUGACAGUACGAUGAACGUGAUCGGCAGAUUAUGCCAACUGAGGCCGACGUUGCGAGGUUACAGGAAUUUAUACACUACGCAUGCUAAGAAUGCAUACGAGGGACCUGGUAAAACCACCGUGACGUUCAUCAGCAAGGAGAUUGGCUCUCGACUCCUGGUGACCCGUUGCGACCAGCUCGGAUUCCAGUUGAACACCGGCGUGAGGGUGCUAGGGCCAACGGUGCUCUUCCCCAGACAUGCCGUCUGCUGGAACGUCAAGUCCGGCAGGCACAUAGACGAGGCGUCGCUCUCGUUGUUCACCGUCCUCGAGCCGAAGCCCGAUCUCCUGGUCAUCGGAAUGGACGAUCAGUACGAUUUCGCCUACCUCAAAAGCCUGCGCGAAUGCGUGCAGAGGAUCGGCAUCACCGCGGAAAUACUGUCCGUGUACAACGCGUGCACGGUGUUCAAUUUCGUCAACGAGGAGGGCAGAUACGUCGUUGCGGCACUGAUACCGCAGAAAGCACCUAGACAACUACGGAAACUACCGCAGGGUGAAUCCAAGCAAGUGGAACAAAUAACGGACUCCGAUAGUGCUGCGAACAUCAAAACGGACAGUGUAAAAACGAAAAGUAUAAAAGAAUGAUAGAAAAUGUACAGGUACAUACAUAUAUAUAUAUAUUUGACGAUUUGAGUUAAAUUUUUGACUGUAUUAUAUUGUGUAAAAAAUAACUCUUCUGUAAAUGAUAAUUAUAAGAUUGCAAUACAAUUAUAGAUUUGUUCGUUUUCGUUGUCUAAAAUAAAACGGUUUUUUUUAGAAAGAGAAAGAGAAACAAAUAGUAACUGAAACGAAUGUUGAUUUCGCCACAGAAAAUGGAAUAAAUCGCUUGAAUAAAA